AUGGGGAUGGCGUGGUCGCGCCAGCAGGGGGACGCGGCCCGCCCGGCGGCGCGGGAGCACACGAGGCGGUGCAGGGAGCGGCGCCGGCUCAUGCGGGAGGCGGUGCGGGCGCGGCGCCAGCUCGCGGCCUCGCACGCCGGCUACCUCGGCUCGCUCGGCCUCGUGGCGUCCGCGCUCACCCACUUCGCGCUCGGCGAGCCGCUCCCGGUGUCCGACCACACCCCGCCCGCCGUGCUCGUGCACCGCCCGGCGCCCGCCCCCUCCACGCCGCCGCCGCUCCUCCGCUCCAUCCAGCCGGCGCAGCAGGACGGCGCUGCCGCUGCCGCUGCCGAGGCGCCUCCCGCCGCCGCGCGGACGGAGGGCGGCGUCGUUGGCGGGGAGGACCUGCGGGUGGCCGUGAGGCACCGGAGCCUCGCGGAGGUCGCCGCGGGGCUGGAGGAGUACUUCCUCAGGGCUACCGCCGCCGGCGACCCGGUGUCGAAACUCCUCGAGGCCGGCAACGCCGAGUACAGUGGUGGAGCGAGCAGCUUCUUUGGCGUGCUUUGCUGCAUGUCGUCGUCGUCGUCGCCGUCAGUUUCGCACGACGGGGUCGACGGCAUGCACGACCGGAUCGGCAAGCGGCAUAGCUCCACACUGCAGCAGCUCAUGGUCUGGGAGAAGAAGCUGUACAAGGAGGUGAAGGCGAGGGAGCGGCUGCAGGUCCGCCACGACAAGAAGCUGGCGGCGCUCCGGGACCAGGAGUACAGCAGGAAGAUCAACGUGGACAUCCAGAAGCUCAAGGGCGCGUGGGACAGGGCGCGCGCGCAGCUCGCCACGGCGUCCGAGGCCGCGCACGCCGGCUCCGCGGCCAUCUCCGAGCUCCGGGACACCCACCUCGCGCGCCAGGUGCUGGGGCUCUGCCACGCCACGCGCGACAUGUGGAAGGCCAUGCGCCAGCACCACGAGGCGCAGUGCCUGAUAGCGCAGCAGCUGCGCGGGCUCAGCGGCCGGACGUCCAUGGACGCGACCACGGAGAUCCAGCACGGGGCGACGCGGGCGCUGGAGGCCGCCAUGUCGGCCUGGUGCGCCGCGCUGGGCCACCUGGCCAAGCACCAGCGCGACUACGUCGCCGCCCUGCACGGCUGGCUCAAGCUGACGUUGGCGCCGUCCGCGGACGGCGCCCCGGCCUCCCCCGUCGCCGCGGAGCUCGCCGCCUUCGUCGACCGGUGGAGGCAGGCGCUGGACGGCGUGCACUGCGCCGAGGUGCUCAAGUCCAUCAAGAACUUCGCCGGUGCCACCCACGCGCUGUACGCGCACCAGGGCGACGAGCUCCGGGCGGCGCGCCGGGUGGCGCAGUGCACCCGCGAGCUGGACCGCAAGUCCCGGAUGCUGCGGCAGGUGGAGAAGAGCCACUACGACUCGUACGCGCCGGCGGGGCUCGCGCUGUGGAACCGGGGGCGGCACUGGAUGGAGCACGACAUGCGGCAGGUGCACCACGCGCACAACGAGGUGGUGCAGCGCAAGGAGGAGAUCGACGCGUGCCGGAGGAAGCUCGAGGGCGAGAUGAAGAGGCACGCCAUGGCCAUCGACGCCACCAGGUCCUCGGCGGUCGCCGGCGUGCAGAGGACGCUGCCGGCGGUGUUCCAGGCCAUGGCCACCUUCUCGGCGUCGCUUGCCACCGCUCUCGACGCGGUGUGCAGACACGGCAGCGACGUGCAGUAG